AUGACGCCAGAAAAGUGCCAAUCGGAACUCAACGACGUCCUCCGCAACAACCCGACGAUUACGUUCCUCUUGGACAAAAUCGAAUCCUCCGGGUGCGCCAUCGAUCGCUCGAAAUUCUUCAAAAUCGAGAAAUGUUCGAAACAAGUCUGCGGGGGAUUCGUCCCGGAAAAAGGCGUCAGCGUCUGCCACAAUCACAUACAAACGAGGACGGAGAUGGAGAACUUAUUAGCGCACGAGUUAAUACACGCGUACGACGAUUGCACGAGGAGGAAGAUGGAUUGGAUGGACGUGAGGCAUCACGCGUGUUCGGAAGUGAGAGCGGCGAAUUUGAGCGGGGACUGUCACUGGUGCGUUCGUUGUUGUUGGUGUUGUUGUUGUUGUUACGCUUUUGCGAGAACGCGCUCGUUUUGGCGAAUAGUUUUUUUACUUUCGACGAGACUUUUGUUAUCUUUUGAACGGCGACUAAUAAUAACUAUUUCUUCUUCUUUCCUUCGCGUGCGUGUGUGUGUGUGUGUGUGUGUUAUUAAUAACAUUAUUGUUAUUCACAGGGUAAACGAAUUUUUCCGCGGGAACUUACAACUGAAAGGCCAACACAAGACGUGCGCGAAACGGAGGGCGGAAUUGAGCGUAGCAAUGAGCCCGGUGUGCGAAAAGCGAGAAAAGGACGGGAUAGAAAGUAAAGAGGAGUGCGCGAGGAACGCGGUGGAGAAAGUUUUAGAUCGGUGUUUUGGGGAUACCAAACCGUUCGAUGAUAUCCCCUAA